AUGAGUUGUUUACGUAGUUGUGAACUCGAACCCACUCCUAAUCCAACACGCAAAGAAAGGGAGGAGGCUCCAAUUUUCAUGAUUCGCCUAGAAACGGGUGACGUGGUUUUCCCUCCUGUUAAUCUCUAUGCGGAUUUUGUCGAUUCCUGUAAAAAAUAUAAGGUCAUCGGUGAGGAAGGCAAACUUACACGGUACAUCGUUAGUGAAAACUUGGAAUAUGUCCUUCAAAAACGGGUGGAUGAACGCGAUAAAAAUCGUAAUGAUGACUCAUUCCAGUUAGGUCAGGUUUUGUUCGAAAAAGGACUUUAUUCUCAGGCUCUUGUAUACUUUAAAAAUUCCAUACUGAUGUAUGACGACCCCCGAGCCAAAUAUCAGAUUGGUGUUAUGCUCUUCGACGACUUACUCGACGGUGAGGACAUAAAGCAACACCUUCAAAUGGCUGCCACUUAUGGCGACACCAAGGUCUCCGUGAUGGCACAAACGACGAUGGGAUACUUCUACUCCUCUGCUGAUCACAUGGAUUUGUCUAAGGCGUUCUACUGGCACUCUGAAGCAUGUCAAAAUGGCAGUGUGGAGUCACAAGCUGUACUCGGCGUUCUCCAUAUGUUCGGUCUUGGAUCAGCCAGUAAGGACUGGAGCAUUGCACUUAACUGCCUCCGUGAUGCCUCUGAGAGGGGCAGUGUUUAUGCCACCGGCAUGCUCUCCUUCCUCUACUUCCGUCGUGCUCUAUACACUCUCGCCAGUCGAACUGCCUACUCACUGGUGGGAAAUGUGGGACUUUGCAACAAUAUAAUGGUUGACACUCGAGACGGUGGUGGUGGAAGUGGGCACGGCGUUUUUGAUAUUCAAACUCGAUGCUUCAUACAACGAGGUCUAGCAGUAGCUUGUUUCAUCUAUGCCACUUGCCUGGAUCGUGGACUGGGGAUACAACAGGAUCGAGGAAUUGCCAACACAAUGUACUCUCGGUGCGUCAACAUCGAUCCCACCACCACGAGCCGCCUGCAAAACAUGGUCAUCCGUGAGGAGAUCUGA